GCAACUCCUGCUCCUCGGGACCUCCCCGCCUGGACACCGCUAAGUGAGCUUUUAUAUCUGCACUUUGAAUUGGACAGCAGCUGAAUCUGGAAGCUCAGCGCCUGGAUUACAGAAGUGGCUUCCUGGGUUGUUUAGAUGAGAAGUUCUUUGGUCUGAUUAGUUUGUUUGGAGAUGCUUUAGUGGUUGCUGCAACACCAGGAAGUGAGAUUGUUCUCGGUUUGUAGAAGGUUUCUGGUUUGAGUCCAUAAUGGGGUAAUUUAUGUUGGUUUGCUGUUUACAGCAUGCUGUGCUUUUCGAAAGAUCUCUAUCUGGGUAACAAGUCGUGAAAAUGGACGCUGACACUUUGCUGCACUCUUCACUUCCCCUUGAUGGCGUUCUCAUCCUUCCUUGAGACAGGGAUCGUUUGUGUAAACAUGAGCAGUGAUAGUAUCUGUUUGAGCCGAGAGUUGUAGGAAGUGAGUCAGGGAAGUGAUUGCGAACCUUUAAUGCGCUCUGAUAAAUGGCUCGUCACACAGACUCCAUUUUCCCCGGUGGGCUCGCUGACGGAGGUUUUCCAUAUAUGUCGGCUUCCAGAUAUUUUCAGUGUUGACAUUAGAGCAGCCCAUCCCAAGGCCUCACCUCUGGUAAAAACAUCUGCUUCAGACUCGGUGGGACUCGGUUCUGGUGUCUGAAGGGGGCCGGGGGGGCAGACAAUUGUGUCCGGGUUGGGCCCUGAGCGGGCGCCCUCUGACCUCCAGCUAUGGGCAUCCAGGGCAUGGAGCUGUUCGCCAUCGGGGUGGUCGUCAUCCUCUUCAUGGCGGUUCUGAAGCAGUUCGGCAUCCUGGAGCCCAUUUCCUCAUUUGAAGAUGAUAGCAGCGACAGUGACCUGGAGCUGUCAACGGUGCGUCACCAACCCGAAGGGCUGGACCAGCUGCAGGCCCAAACCAAGUUCACCAGGAAGGAGCUUCAGUCUCUUUAUCGAGGCUUCAAGAACGAGUGCCCCAGUGGGUUGGUUGAUGAGGAGACGUUCAAGUCUAUCUAUUCUCAGUUCUUUCCCCAAGGAGACGCUUCUACUUACGCCCACUUCCUCUUCAACGCCUUCGACAUCGACAGAAACGGCUCAAUCCGCUUUGAGGACUUCGUCAUCGGCCUGUCGGUUCUGCUGAGAGGUUCGGUCACAGAGAAGCUCAACUGGGCCUUCAACCUCUACGACAUCAAUAAGGACGGUUACAUCACCAAAGAGGAGAUGCUUGCAAUCAUGAAGUCCAUCUAUGACAUGAUGGGGCGAUACACGUACCCCUGCGUACGGGAUGAUGCACCGUCAGAGCAUGUUGAUAAGUUCUUCCAGAAAAUGGACAAAAACAGAGACGGGGUGGUGACUAUUGAAGAGUUCAUAGAGACGUGUCAGAAGGACGAGAACAUCAUGAACUCCAUGCAGCUGUUUGAAAAUGUGAUAUAAAACAGAGCUGGAUUCUCUCAGUAGUUUCUCCCUCAUUAGCACGUCUAAUUAUCCAGCCACUUCACCCAGUUCUCAGGCUCUGCACUAACACUUAGAACCGCUACUGAAUCACAACAAAAGCACUGUAAAAACACAGGACGCACACGUUUGUUUCCGCUCCCCUCCGCACUCCUUCAGCCGCAUCAGAAACUGUCCCUGGAUUUUAAAGGACUGCUUCAGAGAAACGAUCAGCUUCCUGGAUGGCAUUUUCUCCCACAACAGAAGAGCUCCUUGUGCGUCCGUCAUCAGAUGACCACUGACCCGACCCGAAUCCUCAUGGAACCUAGCUUUACCACCAACGUACGCGCUCGUGUAGAGACAGACGUUUUAGAUCAAAGGAAAAAUAUUUUUUAAAAAUUCACAUAAAAAGAGAACUAAAGCAUGUUUGAAAUAUGAGAUUAGCUUGCACUAAAAUUUUCUGAUUAUGUAUAAAGCCUUUGUAGAUACCUGCAUCUGAUGCACCACUGAUGGAAACCAGUGUGCUUGUAUAUAUGUAUAGUUAAUAGUUAUAUAUCCUGCAUUGGGUUGGUGUUUUCUGUGCAGCACUGGAUGAUGGAACAACACCAGAACUGAACAACUGCUUAAGGGGUUCCUGUGUUAUUCUGUUAGAUACGUUUCAUGUUUAGUAAUUGAAAUUAUUUAAAAAGUUUUAUCUUUUUGUAAUCUCAAAGAUUAUGUCAACAGGUCCGAUUGGAAAAGUAAAUUCCUACAGUGCUCUGGACAAGUAAAAGAACUGUGAAAAGUGUUUGUAUGCUGACUUAAGUUUGUAGCAUAUUGAUGCAGUGUACACGAGCAUGCUGACUCUCAGUCGCAGUGAAAUGUAAGGUGCAGCUGGACCUUUGUGAAGUCACAACAUUAAAGAGCCACAAAUUUCACCAAUUUCA